AAGGAACGGGGUGCAUUCGAUCUACGGCGCCUCUCCGAUCUAUCCAUUUCUGAUCUCUUCCCAAAAUUCUGGUCCCGAUAGCCAUCACGCCUCCUCUCCCUCCCUACCCCAAGUCAAAACCCAGUCCGAAGCUCCUUCUCCUCCCUCCGCCAUGGCCUCCCUCUUUAGGGUUCGCCGCCCGGGGGAGGGGGGAUCGGGAGGGAAGAUACUCCGCGGCCGGCGAGCGCCGCCGCCGGCCUCCCCUUACGCUCGCCGGGAGAACCCUCCACCAUCUUCUGCUGCUGCGUCCCCCGCCCUAUCUCGAAGCCCUAGGUGGUUCCAGGGCCUCAUCUGGGGCGCCGGCAAGCUGAUUUCCACUGCGUUUCGCUCCGAAGGCAGCUCGUCUUCUUCGUCUUCUGGUUAUUCUUCGGAUGAAGAAAUUAGUUUGAGCUCCGAUGACAAGGAAGAUGUUGAUGCCUCUUCCAAACAUCUUCAUGAAUUAAAACAGGGAGGAAAUAGACCAAAUUCAAUCAGGGAUUGCAUGCACGGGUCACAAGCAGUUGUCUCAAGAAGCAAAUCGAAACUUCUUAUUGAGCAGUUGCUUAUGCAGGAGACCUUCACAAGGGAUGAAUGCAACAGACUUACAGAAAUAAUACAGUCACGAGUUAUAGAGUCCCCAUUUACAGAAGUUGUUGAGGAUGGAACGCAGAAGGAAACUUCAAACAGGGUUCCUGGUAGUGCUAUUGCAUUUGCAGGAGCUUGGCGAUCCUUGAAUCAGAAUAACAAACUACUUGAAUCGGUUCAAUAUUCUGCUAGUAAGCUGAAUGCCUUUUCUCCUGGGUCUUCUGCUGUCCAAGCAUGUACACCUGAUCUUCAUGACACAGCUAUUAUGGAGGCCAAGAAAUGGCUAGAGGAGAAAAAGCUGGUAUCAAAUUCAAAACAUGAUCCUGAUUGUGGACCUUGCACUUUGAAUACCGAUAUGCUUCAAUAUGGAAUUGAAAGUGAGUCAAGCUCACCUGUAGAUUUAGCUAAAUUGUACAUGCGUUCCUUGCCUCCAUGGCAAUCUCCAUCCUUAAGUAGUACUGGGUUUAAGACCCCACCACCCUGUCGGAUGCAUCUUUACAAGGAUGAACCCACAUGUGCAACUUUAAAUCAUUCCUGGUCCUCAUCCAAGGUUUUAAAAAGGGGCUCUCUUUCUACUGGAUUAUGGGACACCCUUGAUGAAACUCGCAGAGUUCGUCUGAAGUCAACAGAUGAUAUAUGGGAGAUUCCUAAGUUUAAACAAACUGAUUCAUCUGCAAGAAUGUUUGAAAAGGAAAACUCUAAGAUCACAUCAGGAGAUGACAUGAGAGAUCGCGAAGUUCCAGGAACAGGCUUUUCAAAUUCUUCAGAACCUACAGAGGUUUCCAAUGCAUCUCCAAAAUCGUCUGCAGAGUUGAAUGCUGAAUAUCUUUGUUCAAAUGGAGCCCUCAAAUUAACUGACCAACAGGCUGGUGAAGUAAACCCUCUCAGGGAAACAGGCAAUGUAUCUUCGACCAAUACAGUUUCAGAGCCUGAAGAAGCUCCUCAUGCAGUGCAACUGACUGAUAAAAGUUCACUGCCAGAUACUAAUUUGUUGAUGUCUGUCAAUUCAGUAAUAGAGAGUGAGCCCAAGUCUCCUAAUCAUAAUGUUCUGAAUUUAGAAGAGAAUAAGGAGGAUGGGACAGAACUUUUGCAAAAUGAGGUUCAAGAUGGCACUGUUGAUGUUCUGCGUGAAUCUCUUAAUUCAGCUUCCAAAUCAGUGGAUCAUGGCGGCAAUUCCUUAUCUGAAGCAAAAUUCAUGACAUCAGAAGGCAUCAAGGCUGCAGCACCAAGUACUGCUGAUGGUGCCAACAAUCUUGAUAAUAAUCACAUUUACAGCACACAGACAGUUCCCGAGAUUUUGGGCAUAUUAGAAGCCAAUGAUGCUCCUCAACCGAAUAGGGAUCCAUGCCUCAAAGAAACACAUUCCAUCGCUGGCCUAAUGCUAAGAAAAUGAUGCUGCUGAUGUGAAUCUUUAGGAGUUGAUAUUAUGAGAUCUUUUAUACUUGAAGCCUGCUUGGAUGACCAAUUAGUAUAAUUGAAGAUUACUCCCAUAGUAGUGAGAUUCACAUUAGAUGAGGAAGUGCUGGGAAAGUAGUAUUGGCUAAUCAAGGGGUUCAUGGAUUCUCUGAUCCGAGAUGGUACCAAAAAUCAUCCACUGAGGUGGUUUUCAGUACCCUAAGUAUCUCAGAUUCUCAGGUUUGUGGGAUGAGUAGGAUUCACUGGUCCUCCAACUUCUUCCGCUACAAUCCCUUGGCCGUUUGAAAAACUAUGUCAUGGGAGGUACAAGCAGACAUGGCAAACUGGUUGUCCAGACAGCCACUCAGCUGUAUGAUGGUAAUAUGACUUCAUGUAAUUUGUCCAACAAUGAUCUUUUUAAGAUGUUGGCACUUACCUAAGAAGUGGAGCAUCUCAUAUGUUUCAAGUGGCAGUGCUAGUAGUAUACGACCUGUUACCUUUGUUUGUUGUUGCUCAGAAAGGAUCAUAUGCAGGUUCCACAGAAAUUCUAUGGUGAUUCGCUUGUAAGUUUCUUUGUACUGGAUGAGCACUUAUGCAUGUGCUUACUUUGUCUGUUUGGUGAGGUACUUUUAGAUGGACCACUAGAACGUGAACAUGUUGCCUGAUUCUAUUUCUGACGUUAUUCCUUUAUUGAGUAUAUUGCCUUAUUCUA